UAUCAUAAACUUCGGCUUAAAUAUAAUUAUAUUUCCAUACAUUUUAAUAUACAUAAAUAUAGUCAAGCUUAUCUCGCUGUAAGAUACAUGGCUUCUCUCAUAUCGCUACAGCUAUAAAAUCGGUCUUAUCACUAGGAGCUAUAUAGACACUGCUUGAUGUACCUAAUCAUCAAUACCUUUCCCAUUCCAACGUUGUGAGGAAAGGCUGCGAAAGUAUAUUCCGAAUCAAGAGGACCCCGUCCCAACAAACAAUACGUCAUAGUUGUGAGUGCGGGACGCGAUAAUACAAUUAUAUAGAAGCAAUCUGUAGUCGUUCUGAACCCGUGGCAGGGGGCACUUGUAGCUCAGUCAUGCGUGGAAGCACUGCCGGGCUCGCUGAGACGAUCGCGGGUACGCGGCACUCCGCCCUCCUGGAGUUCGCGGACAUCGUGUUCGCUAGCGUGGUGGUCGCCCCAGCUGUCGUCUCCUACUGGAAGUCGACCUGGUCUCUCAUGGACCUGUACGUGCUCACAGACAACCCCGUCAGCAGUGCGGCCGUGUGCGCAGCGUUCGGUUUGUGCUGUAACCUGAUAUUCUGCGUGUGUCAGACGAAGUUAAGCCAGAUCCUGAAGCCUGAUAGGGGUCGGCUGAUGUACUAUGUCUUAUCGCGGUUGUGCACGUGUGUCGCGGGGGCGGCUUGCGUGGGCGGCUGGAGGGGUGUGUGGAAUCUUCUCAACGAGUGCACAGGAGACAGCGCAAAGACACUCAUGUCUACCACUGUGGCUGCCACGUUGUCUCUGGCGGCGUUGAGGACCUUGAGAAAUAUUUGCGCAGCUCCAUUUGCAGUGGCUGUAGAUUCCCCCGAAGACUAUUUCGAAGUCCCUACUAUGUUUAGAACGAGCAGUAAAGAGACCGCUCUAUACAUCUUGGACUGUGUGUUCUCCGUGGCGGUGGUGGGCUCGCUGGUAGUAUUCGUGUGGCGCGGCUCCUGGGCGCUCCUGGACAUCUUCCUCUACCCUGAAGACGCUGUCAAAUCCUGCUGGACCUCUCUGGUUGUGGGCUACGCUCUGGUUGUGUUGACCUUCGCCGCCCAGACUCCUAUGAGAUGGGCGGUCGCGAGGAGUCAAGGGGCUGUCAGACUACUGCUGGCUGACUUGUACCACCUGGUGUCCUUCAUAGCCACAGUCAACGUGUGGCGAGGAGUUUGGGGCUUAAUGGAUAUAUAUUUCUUCCCAGAAACGCCUAAACUGAGUAAUUGGUGUUCCCACAUCAUCAGCCUGGUUCUGCUCAUCCUCCUGAACUGCUCCAACUCGGUGCUGGUCCGAGGGGUAUACAUUGAUGCCGAGGAACCUGCCGGGGACUGCGUGGUCUUCCCGUGCCAUUACCUGAGAUUAUACCUUCACAAGGAGAGAAUCAAGAAGAGACAUAAGGACGUGACUCAAUCAGCCAAAGAAACAGAAGAAGCGAACGUCCCUCUACAGAUGCCAGAAGAAAAAGUAUAAAUAGUUAUCAAUCUUCACUUUUUCGUUUAAUUACAGCUCAGUCGAUCUAAUUUUGAUUAGAAAUAGAGCAUAGUUUUAUCUCAACCAAAAUUAAUUUUAAUAAACAGUUUCCAAGCUAAGUCAUAAAGGCUAUAUUUCUUAAUAUUUUUUAAUCUAUUUUUUAUUAAUCUCCAGCUUUAUAUCAACUAAUUGAAUUAUAAUAUAUUUAUGUUAAACAAUAUUAGUUAUAAUUUAUAAAGUAGGUAUGUUUGUUUUUUACAAUCGUGUUGUUUUUGACAUUUCUGUCUAGUUUUUUUUUUUUUUUUGUUAUAGCUCUGUAGCAGAAUAUAAAUCUAUUGGUGACUUGAGUUAUUAUGAAGGAGCUUUAUAAUUUAAAAUUUUACACGGAAUAAUUUAUUUAAUACAAAUAUUUUGUAAUAUAUAACUUAUCUGUUAUUUCUGUGAGUUUCUACGUCGUGUUACAAAGGUACUUCAAUGCACAAUUAAUGUAAAUAGUUUGUUACGUGUUGCUUAGUUUUGUAAAUGUAAUUACUUAAUUGUAAUAUUGUUUAAUUUACAAUACUUCAGCAAUGUUUUCAUCGAAACCUAAUUUUAAUAAUUUCACCGGAAACGUCACGUUAACUUUGCUAUUUAUUUUUUUUGACAUAUCAACCACGUUUUACGAUAUAAGUCUGUUUAUAAUGUACAAAGUCCUUAAUAUUAUCACAGUAUUAACAUGUAUCGAGUCACGAAAAAGUUCCACCAAACGU